AUGGACUAUUGCUUGGUCUAUCAAGAAGGUGACGGCGAAGACGCAGAGCCCGCUCGCCAGCGUUCCCGUUACGUACUCGAAUUGAGGAAACGAGGCCUUCAAGUGGAUCGUGUACCGGCCGAUAGGACAAAUGGUAUGUGUUAUGUGUUGAUCGGCAUCCCCUCUCCGAUGCUGGAGGAAUACGGCGAAAAAUUGCGCCUUCCCGUGCCCCUUCGAAAGACAUCGCUUUCGGGUCAUGAGCGCGCUCGUGGCGAUAUGACAUCCUGCCAAUACGAACCAUACAAGCGCGGCCAGCCGGAAAAGUAUGGUAGUGAUAUGCCCGGCGAUCACCCAUUUUCCACUGCCGAUCGUGGUCGAAUCGCUUUCCAAAUUUUGCAGUCCGCACGAGCGGAAGUUGAGCUCAACGCAACCUCCGAUGAGGCGCUGAACAGGCGCGAGCUGCUCAUGAAACACUGGGCGACGUUUUCAGCGAUGCGAAAAGGACAACCAAUCGAUUCGAUCAAACGCUAUUUCGGGACCAAGAUUGCUAUCUACUUUGCGUUCCUGGAAACGACUACGCGGAUGUUCGGAAUAGCCGGGUGCUUCGGGAUUGUGUGGCUGAUUUUCGUCCUCGCCAUGCUCUUCAACGAGAAGCAGACAACGAUUCGCGAGAUAUGCAGCGACCAUUCAACUCUAUUAUGUCCAAGGUGCAACAGAUUUUGUGACUUUCGGCGAUGGGCAGACGAGUGUGUAAUGACACAGAUCAGCUACUUUUUCGAUCAAUGGGGUACGAUGGUGGUCGGCAUGUGCAUCACAGUCUGGGCCCAGGCCUUCCUGCAGACGUGGAAGCGCAGACAAGCCUGGCUUUCAAAUCGAUGGGGCUUGGAUGCAACCACUGCGGAACACACAAUCCGUUUCGAUUUUCGGAAAAGAAUGCGAAAGACGCGCAAGAACUCGGUGACAGGAAAAUUUGAACCUUGCUGGCCGCCGCACAAGGCCGCUAUGAACGGUGUGGUCAACACCUGCCUCGUACUAGGAGUCGCUUGCUACAUCAUUGCGGCUUUCCUGUUGCAUAAUGUGCUUCGCGGAUAUAUAGAAGAAACCGUCAUACUCGUUAUAAACGAAAUUCCCAUCUUGGGACCGCUAAGGUCUUUACUGACCCCAACGCUGAGCGCAAUGGUGCACCUGCUCUUCAGUCUAGUCUUCAAUUCAUUCUACAAAAGGCUCGCCGCGUUUAUUGUGAGAUGGGAAGACCAGCGCACACAACGCGAUUUCGACAAUUCCUUCAUCAUAAAAAUCGUUGUUGCUGAAUUUGUCAGCGUCCAUGCUUCGCUGUUUUUCCUCGCCUUUUUGAACCCGACAUUCGGACAUCAGUGGUCAAAGCUUGCGCCAAACUUGCAUCACUGCUCAACUAAUUGUUUUGCAGAACUCUCCUUACAGGUCGCGACGAUGUUCACCGGGGCACAGUUUGCGAAGCGCAUCAAGAAAGCCUGUUCCCCGUUGCUCCAGCGCGCCUUCAAAAAUUUUCGCACAGGCUUCACUCAUUGGUCACGCAACCGGCAAAUGAAUGGAGAAAUGAUUCCCUACGAACGGUUAACCGAUGAUAAUAAGGCCCCACAAUGGGAAUCGGACUUCUACCUUGGUGCCAAUGAACCGCAUUUUCUAUGUUAUGAGUACGCAGAAUUGGUGUCGCAGUUUGCCAGUCUUGCCCUUUUCUCCGUAGCGUUCCCUCCUGCCGCCGUUUUUGCUUUCUUCAAUAACCUCUUUGAGAUCCGCUCCGACGCCCGCCUGUUUCUCCUUUGGAAGCAGCGCUCCGUGGCCGAAGAGGUCGAAAGCAUUGGGAUCUGGACAGAAGUCAUCGAAAUCAUCGUUCAGCUAUCGAUCUAUGUAAAUGCCCUGCUCGUCGCCUUCACUUCUGAAUUCGUGCCCCUUAUGAUGUGGCGUGUUCGAAGCGGGUCCCUGGGCGGAUACGCCAAUAUAUCACAUUCCAUCUUCGACACUCGUUUCCUGCCAUCUUUCUCGCCAUCAAUCAUGUAUGCGUCCGAAUUCUUCAACCAAAGCCUCAAUCGUGUCGACGGCUUUCCUGAACUGAUCCCAGCAACUUGCAGGUAUUAUGGUCACAACAAACCACACUGCGCCAAUGGUACGAACGCCGAAUGUGUACUAGGCCCGAAUAUCGAGUUCUCCGACACCUGGUGGCACAACACGGCGCUGCGCCUCUGCUCUGCCAUAGCCUUUGUUUUCGUGGCGGAUGCGCUUCGAUGGGCAGUGCAGCAGAUCUUCUCGGCGGUCCCACCAGAAUUGCCGCAGAAAUUGGCGCGGGAC